AUGUACUUGAGCUUUUGGAACCUCCUCAUAUAUCUUUCGACCACAUGGAUCAACGAUGAAUCUUCUAACCCUUCCUCCACUUCCUCAGAUGCCACAAGCGUCACAGUCAUUCUUCUUGAAAAUUACAGCUCUAGCAGUUACGGAUUCACUUGUGGCUUCUUCUGUAAUGGAGCCUACACAAUUUACCUCUUUGCCAUUCUUCUCAAUCAAUAUGAUCCAAGAGUCAUAUGGUCGGCCAAUCGAGACAAUCCGGUCAGUAAAGGUGCAAUCCUGAAUUUCACUGCAGCGGGAGAAUUGGUGUUACAGGAUGCCGAUGGAAGCAUAGUUUGGACAACAAACACUACAGGGAAAUCUGUUGCUGGAAUGAAGCUAAAUGAUAAUGGAAAUCUGGUAUUGUUUGAUAGCCAUAACUCGAUGGUUUGGCAAUCUUUUGAUCACCCAACAGAAUGUUUGGUGAAAGGGAAAAAAUUAUAUCAAUUACAGAAGCUCAUACCUAGUGAAGAUAUGCAAUCACAUGGUAUAGAAGUUACAGAGAUGAUGAAAGUGGCUUCAUGGUGUUUGCAGACUGAUUUUACGAGAAGACCUUCAAUGUCAUAUGUGGUGAAGGUGUUAGAGGGAGUAAUGAAUAUUGAAUCGAACUUGGAUUACAAUUUCUUGGAUCCAAGAGUGCAGAAAACAGCAAUAGAUCAUGAGAAGAUCUCGAAACCAAUGUCGCCUUCCAUUCUAUCAGGGCCAAGAACAAUUAAAGUGAAACUUAUGAACGCAUUUCCUUCCAAGAGAUAUCCAUCUCUUUAUGUUGGACGGAGUGGCAGCGGGUUGGUGGCUCUUAUGCACAUCUUGUAGAACCAAUUCUCCGAUCGCAAUGAGAUCCAGUAUUGCACAGGUGCCAAUAUGAUAGUCUGGGUUAGCACACCAAAUGACUAGAUGGAACCUAUAGCAGGUGGAAACGAUAUUCGAUGGUGGAGGGUCCAUUGCAGAAGAAUUUACAAGCAAAUAAUGUGGUGCCAAAUUCCAAAAUUAUAAAAAGAAAUUAUCGAUUACUUAGAGGAUAUCAUGUUCUUCUCAAAGCAAACAUAAAAAACUGCAAUAAAUUGACCAAAAAUAAGAAAGAAAAGGGAAAAAAGAAAGAGACAUGCAGUAGAGUUCUCGAGCAUAGAUAAAAACCCUGCCACUGAUAAAUUUUCACCUACUGAUUAUCCCUAUUCAUGAAAAUCAAUUGAGGGGAUGGCUUUUGAUCAACC